AUGGAUCGCUACCAACAAAUAGGUCAACCUUGUUCUUUACCAAAAGUAGAAAGAAAAGUUGUUGAGAAAAAUAGAAGAAAUAAGAUGAAGAGCCUCUUUUCCAGCCUCAACUCUCUUUGCCCUAACUAUAAUCCUAAGGAGACUUUACCAUUACCUGAUCAAGUAGACAAAGCUAUAAACUACAUUAAAAGCUUAGAGACAAAUUUGAAAUCGGCGAAGGAGAAGAAAGAAAGUUUAAUGAGAAACAAGAGAUCGCGUAGUGGCUGCUUGAAUUCUUCUGAUGCAAAAAUAGAGAUUCAUGAAAAUGGUUCUUCUCUACAAGUUAUUGUAACAUGUGGGGUUGAUGAACAGUUUAUUUUCUGUGAAAUUAUGAGAAUAUUGCAUGAAGAUCACGUGGAGGUCAUCUCUGCAAAUUCUUCACUGGCUGGAGAUUCAGUUAUUCAUGUUGUGCAUGCAGAGAAUCCGCAAUCAUUGUUUCAAUUUGGAGCGACCAAAGUAGGCGAGAGACUGAAAAGGUUUGUGAAUGGAUCUGAGGGAGAAGUGCAAAUAGAGCCUCAAUUAUGGGAUUUUGAAGUUGGAACAGAGACUUGGGAUCUAAAUUCUAUAGUAAACAAGUUUUUACCAAAAUCUUAA